CCUCCCCCCUCCCGCCCUCGCUGCCCCUCUUGGCAGUCCCUCACUCACUCGCUGCCUCUGGGGCGGGGAGCGAGCGGGACGCCGGGCAGGGGGCACGGGGAGCCCGGAGCGGCGGAGGGAGGUAGCGGUGGCGGCCGGCGCAGGGAGGAGCGCGGCUGGGACUUGGGGGCCGCUCCAGAGUGUUAUGAAGACAGCAUGGAGUUUCCUGACCAUAGUAGGCAUUUGCUACAGUGUCUGAGCGAGCAGAGACAUCAGGGUUUUCUUUGUGACUGCACUGUUCUGGUAGGAGAUGCCCAGUUCCGAGCACAUAGAGCUGUACUGGCUUCAUGCAGCAUGUAUUUCCACCUAUUUUACAAGGACCAGCUGGACAAAAGAGACAUUGUUCAUCUGAACAGCGACAUUGUUACAGCCCCAGCUUUCGCUCUCCUGCUUGAAUUCAUGUAUGAAGGGAAACUCCAGUUCAAAGACUUACCCAUUGAAGAUGUGUUAGCAGCUGCCAGUUAUCUCCACAUGUAUGACAUUGUGAAAGUCUGUAAAAAGAAGCUAAAAGAAAAAGCCACCACAGAGGCAGACAGUACAAAAAAGGAAGAAGAUGCCUCGAGUUGUUCGGACAAAGUGGAGAGUCUCUCUGAUGGCAGUAGCCACAUGGCGGGAGAUAUACCCAGUGAUGAAGAUGAAGGGGAAGAUGAAAAACUGAGCAUCCUGCCUAGCAAAAGGGACUUGGCAUCUGAGCCUGGGAACAUGUGGAUGAGAUUGCCCUCAGACUCAGCAGGCAUUCCCCAGAGUGGCGGAGAAGCAGAGACACACACAACAGCAGCUGGAAAAACAGUAGCUAGCCCCUGUAGCUCAACAGAGUCUUUGUCCCAGAGGUCUGUCACCUCCAUGAGGGAUUCAGCAGAUGUUGACUGUGUCCUGGACUUGUCUGUCAAGUCCAGUCUUUCUGGAGUUGAGAAUUUGAACAGUUCUUAUUUCUCUUCACAGGACAUGAUUAGAAACAACCUGGUGCAGGUGAAGGUGGAGAAAGAGGCUUCCUGUGAUGAGAGUGACGUUGGCACUAAUGACUAUGACAUGGAACAUAGCACUGUGAAAGAAAGUGUGAGCACUAAUAACAGGGUACCAUAUGAGCCAGCCCAUUUGGCUCCUAUGAGGGAAGAUUCUGUUUUGAGGGAGCUAGAUAGGGAGGACAAAGCAAGUGAUGAUGAAAUGAUAACUCCAGAGAACGAAAGAGUUCAGGUGGAAGGGAAUAUGGACAGCAGUCUGCUCCCCUAUGUCUCAAACAUGCUUAACCCUGCAGGCCAAAUUUUUAUGUGUCCCCUCUGCAACAAAGUUUUUCCUAGUCCCCACAUUCUGCAGAUUCACUUAAGUACGCACUUUCGAGAGCAGGACGGGAUCCGCAGCAAGCCUGCUACUGAUGUCAAUGUCCCGACCUGCUCCUUGUGUGGUAAGACUUUUUCUUGCAUGUACACUUUGAAGCGUCAUGAGAGGACUCAUUCAGGUGAAAAACCCUACACUUGCACCCAGUGUGGAAAGAGCUUCCAAUAUUCCCACAAUCUGAGCCGCCAUGCUGUAGUUCACACACGGGAGAAGCCGCAUGCUUGUAAGUGGUGUGAGCGCAGGUUCACACAGUCUGGAGACCUUUACAGACACAUUCGGAAGUUUCACUGUGAGUUGGUGAACUCAUUGUCUGUCAAAAGUGAAGCACUGAGCUUACCUACUGUCAGAGACUGGACAUUAGAAGAUAGCUCACAAGAACUUUGGAAAUAGAAUUUUUAUAUAUAUAAUAUAUAUAUAUAAAUCUAUAUAGUUGUGGUACAGUCUAAAAGCAGUCUUGUUUCCUUGAGCUGAAAGUUUGGCCAUUAGCUUGUUUUUUGCACUUUAAGGCGGCAUGAACAUUUCACUACUUUAGUGCUCUAGUGGUAUGAACUAUAGAAAUGAGACUAAUAAAAGUAAAAAAAAAAUCCCCCUUGUUUCUCCAUCAAGUAAGUACUUCUUUUAAACAAAACUACAAAUGAACAAGUGUGAUUAUUAGGUUUUGUUUAACCUUACUGCAUCAUUUCAAACUCAAUUUUAAAAAGACAUCUCCAGUGUGUUACCAAAUUGUUUACAUUUUAAAAACUGCAUGCAUCUUUUCUAACUGUGGGAAACCUGAAUGCUUUUAGACCCAAAUGGUAAAUUUCUGAAAUGCUGGAGUAUCUAUUUUUAAAUAAGCAGCUAAGUUAUUAUUCUAACGUGUAUUACAACAAUUCCCAAUUUAAAAAAAGAUUUUCAAAAAUACACUGGAAUUGCUGGACUGUAUGAAGGUGUGCUUGGGAUGAAAAAGGAUGUUGCAGCUUCAGCAGUUGCGAACUGUGCAUUUAAAAAUGUGAAUUACUGUUAUAUACUGUAAUUGAUUAAAUGGGCUGGGGGGUGUCAAGGAAAUUGACAAGUUGUGUUAACGCUCUCAGUUGAGUCUUGAAAAGUAAAUAUUAACGCUAUGGAAAUGCAUGCGUUUCAGUAUAUUUUUGUCUUUGCAUUGUAUAACUUCAAUGAGUGAGUUUUAAAACUUAUUUAAUUUUUGUAGGAAAAAAACACCACUGGAAAAAUUGGUGUUAUGAAGAACAUAAAUGCACUGUCUUUUAUUUUAUAUAAUUUAAGUUAAUUGCCCACUGUCUUUUAAGUUGAACAAAAGCUACAUGUUGAUUUAGCUAUGUAAAGGAAGAUAGUAAUGUUUACAAACAGACUUAGAGAUUUGCAUGUGCAGUGUACAUUUGUCAAAAAAAUCUGAUUGCACAAAACUCAUGCCAACUCCAACUUUAGGUGCAUAUAUUACCCAUAUGAGCAUUUUUAGAAUUCCUGCUGCACAAAUUAACAAUAGGUCAUUCAUUUUUUUUCCACCCCUUGAAAAGAUUCUUUUGAGUGAAAAAGCCCCAGGCUGAAAGGACUAGAAAACCUUGAUUGACAUGGGGUGGAGUGCGGGAAUAGUGGGAGAAAACUUGGGGGAUGGUUUGCGACCUGUGUAUCCAAGUAGCAAAGACUGCAGCCUGAUGUGUGGUUUUAAUGAUGAACACACACGGCAAAAGCAUUUUGCACAGUGUUUGUUUUCCUGUCUUGCACUUACAAAUAAGGUCUAUGGGGGUAGCAUGGAAAUUUUUUUUUCUCUUUCCGCUUUUGUUUCAAAUUUGAUCGCCUUAACUACUGUAAACAUAGCCUAUUUUUGUGCUUAAGAAACUGAAUGGAAAACUCCAUUGUGUAUUGCUGGACUGUUUUGGAAAUAUUUUGGUCAAAUGUAUGUUAAUUUGGCUGUAAUGGCAUUUUUUUUAAAAAAAAAAAGCUGUGAAAAUGGCCUUUGAGCAUUAUUUUUUAGUUACUUGAAUAGUUUAUAGUUUUUAAAAUCAUUAUUUUUAUUUAGAAAAGACAAUCAAUGUCUGAGAAAAAUUGACUACUUUGGAAUUUUGUUGUUGUUGUGAGUGAUUGCUUUGGGUUUUUUUCCUUUUGCCCUUUAGUUUCUCAUUAUUCUUUGGUUCUAAAAAUUAGACUGACAUCUAGCCUUGACAAUCAUAGUAUGUUUUAUUUUCCUGAGAGGGAGGGGGAAUAACUUAUAAUGCUGUUUAGUUUUGUACUAUUGGUGUGUUGGUGAAUUUUUAAACUGUGUGCUAACUGCAAUAAAUUAUACAUACUGAGAACUCAA